UCCUUAUCGCACCGAGGAAAUCAAGAGCAAGAGUUUGAAUGGAUUUUAUAUAAAUAUUUACCCCGACGAAGCUACUGCUGAGCUCGUGGAAUAAACUCGCAGCAGCUGGUCUCACUCUGCUUCUCUCGCCUGCCCCUGAAAGGAUUUAAUUACUUUAGAGAGGAGAGGGGAGAGAUCCAGAUCCCGGUUCUGGCUCCAGACUGACCCAAAAAGCAGGACCAGGAUUUAAAUGAACUAUGGAUCUGAAGGACAGCACCAGCGAGGGCAGCAUGGGCAGCCUGCAGCCUUCCAGCAUCCAGAUUUUUGCCAACACCACUACGCUCCAUGGGAUCCGUCACGUCUUUGUCUACGGGCCGGUCACCAUCCGGCGCCUGCUCUGGACCUUGGCCUUUGUGGGCUCGCUGGGUCUCCUCCUGCUGGAGAGCUCGGACAGGGUGGCUUUUUACUUCUCCUACCAGCACGUGACCAAAGUGGAUGAGGUGGUGGCGAACAGCCUGGUGUUUCCUGCUGUCACCAUCUGUAACCUCAACGAGUUCCGCUUCUCCCGGCUCACCACCAACGACCUGUACCAUGCUGGGGAGCUCCUGGCUCUGCUGGAUGUCAACCUGCAGAUCCCCAACCCCCACCUGGCUGACCCUGCUGUCUUAGCCACCCUCCAAGAAAAGGCCAACUUUAAGCAGUAUAAACCCAAAGUUUUCAGCAUGCAAGAAUUCCUGGCACGGGUUGGCCAUGACCUGAAGGAUAUGAUGCUGUACUGCAAGUUCAGAGGCCAGGAGUGCAACCAUAAGGACUUCAAAACUGUGUUUACAAAAUAUGGGAAAUGCUACAUGUUUAACUCAGGAGAGGAGGGGCGGCCUCUCCUCACCACGGUGAAGGGGGGGACAGGGAAUGGCCUGGAAAUCAUGCUGGACAUCCAGCAGGAUGAGUAUCUGCCCAUCUGGGGAGAAACAGAGGAGACGACGUUUGAGGCCGGAGUCAAAGUGCAGAUCCACAGCCAGUCCGAGCCUCCCUUCGUCCAGGAGCUGGGAUUUGGGGUGGCCCCCGGAUUCCAGACCUUUGUGGCCACCCAGGAGCAAAGGCUGACGUACCUGCCCCCGCCGUGCGAGUGCCGCUCCCCGGAGCUGGGCCUGGCGUUUUUCCCGGUGUACAGCGUCACGGCCUGCAGGAUCGACUGCGAGACUCGCUACAUCGUGGAGAACUGCAACUGCAGGAUGGUGCACAUGCCAGGGGAUGCUCCCUUCUGCACCCCGGAGCAGUACAAGGAAUGCGCAGAGCCCGCGCUCAGUCUCCUGGCAGAGAAGGACAGCAAUUACUGCAUCUGCAGGACCCCCUGUAACCUCACCAGGUACAACAAGGAGCUCUCCAUGGUCAAGAUCCCCAGCAAGACCUCGGCCAAGUACCUGGAGAAGAAGUUCAACAAGUCGGAAAAAUACAUCUCAGAGAAUAUUCUCGUGCUGGACAUUUUUUUUGAAGCACUCAACUAUGAGACCAUUGAGCAGAAGAAAGCCUAUGAAGUGGCAGCCUUACUUGGUGACAUUGGUGGCCAGAUGGGGCUGUUCAUCGGGGCCAGCAUCCUCACCAUCCUCGAGCUCUUCGAUUACCUGUAUGAGCUAAUCAAGGAAAAGUUAUUGGACCUUCUUGGAAAAGAGGAAGAGGACGGGAGCCAUGACGAGAACGUGAGCACCUGUGAUCCAGUGCCAAACCACUCGGAGAGCCUGAGCCACACUGUGACCGUGCCCCUGCAGGCCCCACUGGGGACGCUGGAGGAAAUCGCCUGCUGACCCCUCCCCACCACAGUGCCCAUCCCGAGGAAGGAAAACUGCACAGGGAAAACAGGGACCCAGCUCAGGUUUGCACUGGGGGGUAAAAAAAAAAAAAAAAAAAAAAAAAGAUGGAAAAAAAAAUACUGGAAAAAAAUACUGAAAAAAAAUUAUUUUAAAAAUCUUAAAAAAUUAAAAAAAAAAUAAAGAAAAACUCACUAUGCAUUAAAAGAAUAUAAAAAUAAUAUAAAAAUAUAAAUUCUAAAUAUACUCUGCCCAAAGUGAGAGGCGCCUUG